AUGUACGGCACAAAAAGCGCAACACGCGCCCUUCAAUUCAAUGCCCGGCGGUUCUCUACUGCCACCCGACUCCAAGCACUGUCGGGCCUCAAGAUUAAUUCUGAGCGCCUAUGGAACACAUUGCACGAGACAUGUGAAUGGGGUGCUGCGCAUCGCUAUGGCGAAAACCCAACAGACACAGGCAUGGCUCGGCUGACUCUCAAUGACGAUGAUGCUCGUGUGCGCCGGUGGUUUGCCGCCGAAGUCCAGAAGCUGGGAUGCUCUCUCGAUGUUGAUCAAAUGGGUAACAUGUUUGCAAGGCAGUCAGGCCGAUUGAACUCGGCUGCUCCAAUGAUCGCAAUGGGAAGCCACCUGGACACUCAGCCUCGCGGUGGUCGGUAUGACGGUAUUCUCGGUAUAAUGGCUGCUCUCGAGGUUCUCCGGACGAUGAAAGAAAAUGGAUUCCAGACUAACUAUGAUGUGGGAGUGGUCAACUGGACCAAUGAGGAAGGUGCACGAUUCCCCAAGUCCAUGUGCUCAUCCGGUGUCUGGGCUGGAGCCAUUCCAAUUCAAAAAGCCUGGGACCUGCAGGAUAUCCACGACCCCAGUGUAACUCUCCGUUCCGAGCUUGAGAGACACGGAUAUCUGGGCGACAUUGGUUGUUCCAGCGAUCCGACAACUGGAUACCCACUUGGAGCCCAUUUUGAGCUGCACAUUGAGCAGGGCCCAAUUCUUCCGGGAAACAACCGCUCAAUUGGUAUCGUUCGGGGUGCUCAAGGAUACAGAUGGUUGACUAUGACCGUCCACGGGAAAGAUGCUCACACGGGAACAACACCUUUCAGUGCUCGCCAGGACCCAUUGCUUGCAUCAUCGAGAAUGAUUGCUGCGUCGCACGAUAUUGCCAAGCGCCAUGAUGCGCUGGCUUCGACUGGUAUCAUUAGAGUUCCAUCGAAUGCGUCUACGAACACUGUCGCGUCGCAAGUGACCUUUACCCUUGAUAUCCGACACCCGCAGGAUAGUGUAGUACAUGCUGUGCAAGAUGAGUGUCUCGAGGCGUUCAAAGCUAUUGCAUCCCAAGAUGGCAAGGGCGUGUCCUUUGAAUGGACUCUGGAUACGGACUCGCCGGCUGUCGAGUUUGAUGAGAACUGCGUGGCGUCUAUCCAGGCUGCAGCGGAUCAAUUGGUUGGCCGUGAGCAAUCGAUGCUUAUGACCAGUGGUGCGGGUCAUGAUACUGUUUAUACCAGCAAGCACUGUCCCUCCGCGAUGAUCUUUGUCCCUUGCCGAGACGGUGUCAGCCACCACCCGACAGAAUACUGCACCCCACAGGAUUGUGCUCUGGGUACACAAGCCCUUCUCGAAUCUGUUGUUCAUUACGACCAGUUCCGGGUUGAGACCGAAGGACAGAAAUAG